UGCCAUGGGAGUUAGGGGUUGUGUUACAAGUGACAGUGCUGUGCUGCUGUGUUGAGCAGGGUGACACAUGUUAACCAGAUUACUAGGGUGUGUGUUUGUCAUCCUCCCAGGUGACACUAAAUGAGAUUGUGAAUUAUUUUUGAAUGAAUGUUUGUCAACUUCUCACAAAAAUUAAGGUUUUAAGUACUCUAUAAUAAGCACAUAAAAAGGAUUGGUUUCAAAUGUUAAGCCCUGGGAGUAACCUUGAAAAUAUAUCUAGCUCUAAUUUGCUUUUUUUCCCCACUUUUCCAGUAAGGUAAGACAUGUAUGCAUAUUAAUACCAGUGACUUCUUGAUUGGAGAACCUGUUUAUUCUAGUAAAAGUUUUGUUUUGUUUUUUCAACUACCAGUCAUUUCCUUAAGUAUAGCAGAUACUAACCAGGCUCUGUGAUAUUUUUCCUUUCUAAUUGUGUUUUUUAAUGAAGCAGCUCUUUUAACAUGAUCUAGAAUUAAUGUUACUGGUAGUGAACAGAGUGAGAACUUGAAUUUUAAGGUUGCACAAAUUCAUUUUCUUAACAAUACAUUCUGUUCCGUUUUGCAGCUUUUUGGUGAAUUUUUGGAUGAAGCCAUUAAAUUAAUUGCUUGCCAUCAUGAGCAGAAGUAAGCGUGACAGCAAUUUUUAUAGUGUAGAGAUCGGAGAUUCUACAUUUACAGUCCUGAAACGAUAUCAGAAUUUAAAACCUAUAGGCUCAGGAGCUCAAGGGAUAGUAUGUGCAGCUUAUGAUGCCAUUCUUGAAAGAAAUGUUGCAAUCAAGAAGCUAAGCCGGCCAUUUCAGAAUCAAACCCAUGCUAAACGGGCUUACAGAGAGCUGGUUCUUAUGAAAUGUGUUAAUCACAAAAAUAUAAUUGGCCUUUUGAAUGUUUUUACACCACAGAAAUCCCUAGAAGAAUUUCAAGAUGUUUACAUAGUCAUGGAGCUCAUGGAUGCAAAUCUUUGCCAAGUGAUUCAGAUGGAACUAGAUCAUGAAAGAAUGUCCUACCUUCUCUAUCAAAUGCUGUGUGGAAUCAAGCACCUUCACUCUGCUGGAAUUAUUCAUCGGGACUUAAAGCCGAGUAAUAUAGUAGUAAAAUCAGACUGCACUUUGAAGAUUCUUGACUUUGGACUGGCCAGGACUGCAGGAACUAGUUUUAUGAUGACACCUUACGUAGUGACUCGCUACUACAGAGCACCUGAAGUCAUCCUAGGGAUGGGCUACAAAGAAAACGUGGAUUUAUGGUCUGUGGGGUGCAUUAUGGGAGAAAUGGUUUGCCACAAAAUCCUCUUUCCAGGAAGGGACUAUAUUGAUCAGUGGAAUAAAGUUAUUGAACAGCUUGGAACACCGUGUCCUGAAUUCAUGAAGAAACUACAACCAACAGUAAGGACUUACGUUGAGAACAGACCUAAAUACGCUGGCUACAGCUUCGAGAAACUCUUUCCUGAUGUGCUGUUCCCUGCUGACUCAGAACACAACAAACUUAAAGCCAGUCAGGCGAGGGAUUUAUUAUCCAAAAUGCUGGUGAUUGACGCAUCCAAAAGGAUCUCUGUAGAUGAGGCCCUCCAGCACCCAUACAUCAACGUCUGGUACGACCCCUCUGAGGCAGAGGCUCCACCACCAAAGAUACCUGACAAGCAGUUAGAUGAGCGGGAGCACACGAUAGAAGAGUGGAAAGAAUUGAUAUACAAGGAAGUUAUGGACUUGGAAGAGAGAACCAAGAAUGGAGUUAUACGGGGGCAGCCCUCUCCUUUAGGUGCAGCAGUGAUCAAUGGCUCUCAGCACCCGUCGUCAUCGCCGUCCGUCAACGACGUGUCUUCAAUGUCAACAGACCCGACUUUGGCCUCGGACACCGACAGCAGUCUAGAAGCAUCAGCGGGACCUCUGGGCUGCUGUAGAUGACUACUUGGGCCUGGGGGGUGG